CAAACCACUGACCGGAGACGGAAGUGGCUAUUCGAUUAGCUUAGCCGCGUAAGCUAGUGUCAUACGUGGGCUAAAUAUAGGCAAAGUGGUUACUGGCGUGUGUUUUCACAAAGCGAAAGACGAACUUUUCAGGACAUAUAUGUCAUUUGGUGGAAGUCAAAACGGCGGCCGCCGCGUUAGUAAGUGGGACCAGCCGGGUCCCAGCUCCGGGGGUCCGGGGGAGGCUGAGGCUGCACCCACCGGGGCUCUGGACGCCGCCGCCGCCGUGGCUGCCAAGAUUAAUGCCAUGCUGGUGUCCAAAGGCAAACUCAAGCCCUCGCAGAUAGGCACUUCGGGGCCCACUGAGAAGGCUAUGGGUAUUGGGAAGCCUCAGGUGCCAACCAAGGCGAAAGACGACCUGGUGGUGGCGGAGGUAGAGAUCAAUGACGUUCCGAUCACGUGCCGGAAUCUCUUGACGCGAGGACAGACGCAGGAUGAGAUCAGUAAAGUGAGCAGUGCUGCUGUGUCCACCAGAGGACGCUACAUGACUGCAGAGGAGAAAGGCAAAGCGGCGCCGGGGGAUCGUCCUCUUUAUCUGCACGUUCAAGGACAGACGCGGGAGCUUGUGGACCGGGCUGUAAACAAGAUCAAGGAAAUCAUCACCAACGGGGUUGUGAAAGCAGCCACCGCCUCGUCGUCAGUGUCCUCAUCCUUUUCCUCUGCCAGCGUGCCCACAGUGACUGUUUAUCAGCAAGCACCUCCAUCGUCUCUGCCACCGAUGAUGCAUCACAAACCUCACUUCCAGUCAGGAAUGCACUACGUUCAAGAUAAGAUCUUCGUGGGCCUGGAGCACGCCAUCCCGGGCUUUGUGGUCAAAGAGCGGGUGGAGGGUCCCGGCUGCUCGUACCUCCAGCACAUCCAGGCUGAGACUGGAGCCAAAGUCUUCCUCAGAGGAAAAGGCUCAGGGUGUCUGGAGCCUACGUCUGGUAGAGAGGCCUUUGAGCCCAUGUACAUCUACAUCAGCCAUCCCAAACCAGAAGGUCUCGCAGCAGCAAAAACAUUGUGUCAAAACUUGCUUCAGACUGUCCACGCAGAGUAUUCUCGCUUUCUCACUCAAAUGAAUUCCGUGAUGCCAUCACAGCAAGGCUUUGCCCCACCCCCAGUGGUGAACGGGAUGCCCCCGCAACCCACAUACUACCCUCCUGCCGACUUCCAGCCAGGCUACCCCAUGCCAGUGCCCCCGCCUCAGCAUCAGCCCCCACCGAUGGCCUUCUCUGUGCCCCCUCCCAUGCUCCCCCCUGCGCCGCCCAAAGUUCCCCUGCCUCAGUUCCCACCUACUCCCGUGCCACCUCCGCCGCCUCCGAAUCUGGCUCCUCCUCUUUGUCCAGCGCCUCCUGUUACUGCUCCUCUUCCAACACCUGUUCCGGCACCUCUUCCGGCACCCGUCCUUCCUCCUGUUCCAGCUUCUGUGGUCCAGACUAUUCCCCCCAUGUCCUAUGUUCCUUCGACUGUGGCGCCGCCCAAAGCUCCGCUUCCACCAUCCAUGUCGGCCAAUCCGGCGCAGAAAAGACGCUUCACAGAGGAAGUGCCCGACGAGUGUGACAGUGGUCUCCUUGGCUAUCAAGUGCAGGCUACUCCGCUGGCAGCCCCGAGACUGCAGGACCACCAACGUCGAGUUCCUCCGACCUGCCGUGUGAGAGGGACGGUAGGCAGCUAAUGCCUCCCCCACUGUUACCUGUAAAUGGCGUGAGACCCAAGAUGGAGGAGAGAAGACCACCGCAAGCCCUUGUGGGUAAGUCCAUUACGGCACACUGACAAAUCCCGUGUCCAAAUCCACCAUCAGGAAAAGUGGAAUUUGCCCACCCAGGAAUCUACGUAGACUUAAACUAAAAUAUCUCCAGUGGAUCCGCUGAGGCAAAGACUUGAUGCUUUUGAUGACCCUUCCAGGAUUCGUCCGCCCUGAAUUAAAAAAAAAAAAAAAAAAAAACCCAAAACCUCCUAAUAGUUGAAGUGGAACCUUUUAUCCAGUGUCUCGUCCCGUUCUGACAUCAUCAUCAGAAUGCGGCGUGGGCCUCCCUCACUAACGAGAGUCUCUCCUGUUUUUGUGUUUUCUCUUUUUUUUCCUCUGUUUUUCCUCUCUUCCAUGUCGUCCCUGGGGGGCGGGGGUGGGGGUCGAUGGCGACUUGUCACGUGACGCCGUCCUGCUGCUUCAUUCGACGCCCCCCCACCAACCAUUGGUGGCUCUGGGAUGGCCCUCCCAUCCUCCGCCGAUCUAAUCUGUUUCUUCCAAUUUGGAUUGUGUUGAGUUGAAUGCUGCCAUGUUUUUUUGUUGUUGGUGCUGCUGCUGUUUUUUUCUUGUCUUUCUCUCCCUCCCCCCUCCCAAAUGUGUGUCCUGCCCCUUUCCUUCUAACAGAGCCUCCAGGCAAAAGGCUAAAAACGGGCUUGGUAGCGUACGCCGGCGACUCGUCCGACGAAGAGGAAGACCACCCGAGCGCCAAAGCCUCAGGUAACCCCGGGGGCUCCCCUUCUACCUCCUUAGACUGGAUACAG